AUGGACCACAAUGAGAAAUACGGUUCGGUGGCCGAUUGCAAAGUAGCAAAGAGCAGGCGACUGACUGAGGGCUGCUGUGCGAAGAUGGAUCCCUGUGAAGAUGUAGAAAGGUCUAGUGGUAAAUCUCAGAACCCCAGGGGGAAUCAGCGUCAUGAAGGACCACAGGCCAGUGGUCCUGAGGCCCCCGGGAAUGAAGCUGCUGAGCUCUGGAGCCAGAAAUGCGAGCUGCGGAGCAAAUUCGUGCAGACCAGCAACAGUGAACAGCAAGAUCGAAACAGAGUUUCUGAAGAACUUAUAAUGGUUGUCCAAGAAAUGAAAAACUACUUCCCAUCGGAAAGACGUGGUAAACCAAGCGCACUGGAUGCCCUUACCUACACCCUUCGCUGUGUGCGCAGUGUACAAGGGCCGUGCCUUUCCUGGGUUACCUACCUCAGGACCUGA